UGAAAUAUCUGGGGACUUUUGCUUCUUGACCGUUUGCGAAUGACAGCUGUAAGUGUCUGAGAAAAGUAGUCCACAGUUUUCGUCCCUUGUUCUCGAUCGUUGUAACCGCGAGGCCCCCUUGAUGUUGUGUCGUAUCCCGUGCGUGUGAGCCCCCCUGUAUGCGCAACCGGAUCGUGUAAGUGUGGUGUAGUAGCCCCCAGUCGUGCCGGCGUCGUCACCAUGUCGGACGAGAGCCAUCCAAAAACUUUGUAUGUGGGCAACCUGGACCCCUCCGUCUCCGAGGACCUCCUCUGCACCCUGUUCUCGCAGAUCGGCCCCGUCAAGGGGUGCAAGAUCAUCCGCGAGCCCGGCAACGACCCCUACGCCUUCGUCGAGUUCACCAACCACCAGUCGGCCUCCACGGCGCUGGCGGCGAUGAACAAGCGCCUCUUCCUCGACAAGGAGAUGAAGGUGAAUUGGGCCACCAGUCCGGGGAACCAGCCCAAGCAGGACACCUCCAACCACCACCACAUCUUCGUUGGGGACCUGUCGCCGGAGAUCGAGACUGAAACACUAAGAGAGGCCUUCGCUCCCUUCGGGGAGAUCUCCAACUGCCGGAUUGUGCGCGACCCCCAGACGCUCAAGUCCAAGGGGUACGCGUUUGUGUCGUUCGUCAAGAAGGCGGAGGCCGAGAACGCCAUCCAAGCGAUGAAUGGACAAUGGCUGGGCUCGAGGUCCAUCAGGACCAACUGGUCCACGAGGAAGCCCCCACCGCCCAAGACGGAGAAGGCGGCGCAACGCGCCAAACAGCCCACCUUUGACGAGGUCAGUCCAGGGGACAUAGCCCCUUUUUUACUAUUAUACUGGGUGGUCCAGUUUAAUAACAAACAAAAAAACUGUCAAAGAAAUGAACAAAAAACGCAAAAAAUUUCCGAUCAAAGCAAUCUUUGGUACCAAGGCUACGGGGGCUACCCCUACCCCUACCAGCAGUACCAAUACCAGCAGCAGUACUGCAUGGUGCCCCAGCAGGGGCAAUGGACCGCCGCCCAGCCGGGGGGCCAGCAGCCCAACGUUCCCGUGAUGUACAAGUAUCCAUCGCAGUGAGGACAAAAACGAAUCGGUGGGGUGCAGUGUGUGCUGACUUGAUUCUAGUUAAGAGACUAAGAAAUUACAUAUUUGGAUAAUAAUAUGUAGUUGGCAUCAUCAACGCACUUUGGUUUCUUCAGACUUGGGUGUGUGCCGCUCAUAGGAGUUAUUUUUCAUACAUAUUUUUGUAUAGUUGGUUGCGUUUCUAUACACCUUCAUUUUUGUAUAUAGUUGAUUUCAAAGUGCGAUUGGUGGUCUUAAACUGAUUAUGCGUGAUACAAUUUAGUUGUCUUUUUUUCUCUCAUUGAGUGACUGUGGGUGGACAAAUGACGAGCGUGACAAUUAAACAGUUACUGUAGAUUAUGUAUAAUUAGGUUAGACAAACACACUGUAAUCAUUAAUAUAUCACGUUUAUCUGAAUGAUUUUAUGAUGAUGCGCAUGAUUGUCUUUCCAACUGAAUAAGACAGAUUUUAUAACAAGAAAUAAUAAUGUAUAUGCUAGUUGUUAAUAAAAACUUCAGGUCUGGGA